AUGGUAGACUACGGAGGAGCUCAGGGCCUAAACUUCUCUGUUCCCACCUCCGAAGACGUUGACUGCGACCACAGCCCCAAGUGCAUUGCCGGCGCCUGUGGUGGAAUAUCAUCAUCACCAACCAGAAUGGUGAAGCUGCAACCGGUUUUCGGAAGUGGUCAUGAGCUUAGCGGCGCCGAGUUGGGUGGAAGUGGAUCACCUGCAGGGGAGAUGAUGAUGAUGGUGACAAACUCGAGCAGGAAGCCGAGAGGUAGACCCCUAGGUUCGAGGAACAGGCCACGACCUCCGAUUGUGAUCACCAAAGAGUGCGAGUCGAGCUUGAAGUCGGUGGUGAUUGAGAUCUCCGCUGGGUCGGAUGUUGUGGAGAGCCUGGUGCAGUAUGCCCGCAGCAGACGUGUGGGAAUUAGCGUGCUCAGUGGUUGUGGCUCGGUCUCAAGCGUCACACUCCGACGCCCUCUUCUCCAGUCUCCCCACGCAACGGCGCCGGCUAUGUCGCUUCACGGGCCUUUUAACCUGCUGAGUCUGUCGGGAUCGUUCAUGGAGUCUCUCACUACUUGUUCCUUUGGAGUAUGUCUGGCAGGGUCACAAGGCCAGGUGUUUGGAGGGAUUGUCGGAGGCGAGGUCAUUGCUGCGAGUCUGGUUGUGGUUGUGGCUGCCACUUUUAACAAACCUAGGUUUCACAAGUUGCCGGCUGAUCCUGGCGUUGCUGCUGUUGAUGAAUCUGAUGAUGAUGACACUCCGCUGGUGACUAAGAAUUCAUUAUUAUUGGGUGGUAAUCAUGCUCAUGACAUCACUUGCUGUGGGUUUGGUGGCGGUUCUGGAUCUGGUUCCAGUAGUGCUACUACUGCGGCGGCCAUGUCGACGUGUGUUUACGGUGGCGGUUUGAGUAGUCCACAGCCCAUAAAUUGCCUUCAGGUUUCUCAAAGUCAUAAUGAUCAACUAGUUCUGCCUUGGGGUGGUGCUCCCUCUCGCCCUCCUCUUCCUCAUUAG